CUCGCAGUCGGGGGGCAACAACAGUGAUCGACGACAGCUCAUUUCCAGAUGCUGGUGGGUUUGGCCAACCGAAAUGCCAUCUAUCCUCCCUUUGAUCGUCCCCUUGGGACCCAUUCCAGCCUCGAAUCGCUGGCGCAAAUCCAGUCUUGUCGGCGCAGCAUCUCCUGUCGUUUGAUUUGACCGCCCUCUGCCCCUGCGACUCUCCUCUUGCAACUCUGCCCUUCAUCUUGGUGCUUCCUUCUGCCCAUCAUCCGACCAUGAUCGCCCUGGCUCGAGUUCCUCGUGCCUUCAUCUCUGGCCGCCUGGUUCGCUCGAUUGCGACCCACACACCAGCAGUCACAUUCGCUGCCCACGGCUCGCCCGAGUCGGUUCUGGUUCCAGCCAAGAUCGCACUGCCGGAACUCAAGGACGAUGGUGUGCAGCUACAGUUUCUCGCCUCUCCCGUCAACCCCGCCGAUCUCAACCAGGUGCAAGGCACCUACCCGGUAAAGCCAACGUUUCACCCCGGCCACGGCGCUGUUGGAGGAAACGAAGGCAUCGCCAGAGUCGUCGCCGUCGGAUCCCAGGUUUCCAGCGUUGUUCCCGGUGACCUUGUUCUGCCUCUCGAUGGCCCAUCGCAUGGUACCUGGAGAAAGUAUGCCAAUGUGAGCUCGGACAAGGUGCUCAAAGUCGACCUUGGGAAGGCUUCGAUCGUUGCCGGGGCCACGGUCACAGUCAAUCCAUGCACAGCGUACAGAAUGCUCAAGGACUUUGUGUCGCUCCAGCCCGGCGAUGUUGUCGUCCAGAACGGAGCAACUUCAAGCGUUGGGCAGGCUGUGAUCCAACUGGCCAAGGCCUGGGGCAUCCAAACAGUCAACGUCAUCCGUCCAAGACCCGAUUUUGACAGGGUCGAGAGCGAUCUCAGGGAUCUUGGCGCCACCCUGGUUCUUUCGGAAGACGACGUUCGCAAGCCCGAGACCCUCCGAAAGGUUCAGCAGCUGGGUCCCCGCUUGCCGCAGCUGGCUCUGAACUGCGUUGGCGGCAAGAGCGCAACCAACCUCGUCCGACUCUUGGGCGACAAUGGCAUCAUGGUGACGUACGGAGGCAUGUCCAAGGAGCCGUUGACAUUCCCUACUUCGCCCUUCAUUUUCAAGAACUUUACUGCAGCGGGCUUCUGGAUGACCCGCUGGUACCAGCAAAACUCGAUCGAGCAGCGCAAGAGCAUGGUGGACGAGUUGCUGCAGCUUACGAGCGAGGGCCGUUUCAAAGAUCCCUGGCACCAGCUGGUGCGCUUGACCGGAGAUGCUGCCGACGACCGCCUUUCGAUUGCCGCCGCGCUGCAGAACUCGUCCAAGCAGGGUGCAGGCAAGCAAAUUAUCGUGUACGAGUGAAAGCCGAGUGUGAUGUGCAGGCUGGCAAGGCAUACAGCACCGUUAUGCCUCCACGUAUUCAAGCUGUGGGCUGAGCGUCCAUAUCGCAAAGCAGCGAAGUGUAU